AUGUCCGUUCCAAAUCAAGCAAAGACAAGAAGAAUUGCAGUCCUUGGUGCUCGUGCAGUGGGCAAGUCUUCCUUAGUUAUUCAGUUUUGUGAGAAUCAUUUUGUAGAUAGUUAUUAUCCUACCAUCGAAAAUACAUUUACAAAAACUAUAAAAUAUCGAGGAAAUGAAUACACUGUAGAAAUUAUGGAUACAGCGGGUCAAGAUGAAUAUUCUAUCCUAUCUUCUCAUCAUGCUACUGGAAUGCAUGGUUAUGUUCUUGUCUAUUCAAUAGCUUCUAGAUCUAGUUUUGAUAUGAUAAAGAUUAUCAGAGAUAAAAUAUUGGAUUUCACAGGCUUAGAAGGUGUUCCAUGUGUCGUCGUAGGGAAUAAGUCAGAUUUGAAUAUUCAAAGACAAGUGUCAACAGAAGAAGGUAAAGAGUUGGCUCAACAGUGGAAUUGUCCUACCAUCGAAACAUCCGCAAAACAUGACGAAAAUGUUUCUAAAAUAUUCGAUUUACUUAUCGCUCAAAUUGAAAAGGCGAAUAAGCCUCCAACUGAAGAAAAAGGUGGUUGUGUUAUUGCAUAA